CGAAAGCCUAGCAGCCGUGGCUGCCGACCUCUGGGGCCUGGAUUUACCUCGCAAAAGAGUACUUCAUUGUGAGGAAAAUGAGUCAUUCCCCAAAGACAUCAGUUACUGGUGUCCCAAAAUCAGAUAGUCCACGCUUGGAAAAUACUUUACAGUCAAAUACUGUAAAGACAAAGGGAAAACAACAAAAUAAUAAAGAUAUUUCAGCUCACACGAUACAGAGAGUGUGGUUAUCUCAUCUCGACAAAUCAAUGUUUCAACUCCUUAAGCAUACAAUUUGUGCAGUGGAACAUCAUGUGACACAUGAAACUUUGAAGAAAGUGAGCCCUUUAGAGGCUGAGCUUGUUAAAGAUCCUUGCAUGAAGUGUAAAGUUAGAUUCAGAUUUAGUGGUGAAACAUUUCCACCUUUCAUCGUGUUUAAAAUUUUUCUUCAUACUGAAGGCCUUGGUUACAAGUAUUUCAGUGGAAAAGAUUUAUUAAAGCCAUCAAGUGAGGCUGUGGUUGAUGCUUGCAAAAUAAUGGGGAAAAAGAAAUGUUAUCAUCAAAUUAUGGAAGAUGAACGUCUUUUCCAGAAGUUCAAAAUAACUGAUGAAAUAGACAUUGUCACUCUGAAAGAUUACAUGCAAUAUUCCAGUCUUCUGGAUGAGAUCCCUGCAUCUUCUGGUGGCAGAAAUAACUAUUGGCGAAGAUUAAAUCUCAAAAACAUUCCCAGGACAAUGAUAAUGUAUGACAUAGUUGAUUAUGCAGAGUCUGGAAUAAUCUCAAACCGUCUAAAAAAAGAAAUGAAGUAUCUAUUACAAAGACCAAAAACAGAAGAGAUGCAUCAGCACCAGCUACGGAUUGUUUCUCAAAUUAGGUGCCCUUCAUCCUUAUCAAGUCUUCAACCUUUAUAUCGGCCCUACCAACAGCAAAGUCAAAUUAAACAUCUGGGUCGUCGAUCUGAGCAAGCUCAAAUGAAAGUUGAAAAAAUGAAAAAAGCUUAUAAGAUGGCUAAAGAAAAAAUUGCUUCUGCGGGGACUGAACCAAAAAUGGACACACCAGGUACAAAGCAAAAAGAGACGAUGGUCUUCUCCACCCCAUUCUUUGACAUUGUAAAAGUUAAUGAACUCAUGUCAGAUGACAAAUUGGAAAAAGAGGAAAAGGAAUUAUUUGCCUGGUGUCAAGACUUGUAUAUUAAUAAUUCUCCAUCAUGUUAAAGCACAGCUAAUUGACAGAAAACCAAGUUAUUCAACAA